UUCGCGUGGUCACGCUCCUUUCCGGCAAGCGCAAGCUAUACCUUUAGCUCGAGUGUCGCAUUAUCGUGAAACAAAGUAUAAGCGACAAAUACACCAUGAGGAGUUAAUGAAAGUCGGGCAGAGUCCAACGGCAACACGCCUCGGGGCCAUGGAAGACCGGGAUCCUCUCCCUCUGGACUUUGCUCCUUCCAUCCCAGACGACAGCAGGACCAGUCACGUCCUUUUAAAAUAACAUUUUGCUACCAUUGCGUCGACCUUUAGUGAAUUAAUCAUUGGUUGGUUGGCCGUUGUUUCGCCAUGGAAAGUCUCAUAGUUGAUGCUCUGCGCUCGAGAGAGUGCGUACGUGCGAGAGCUUCAUUCACGAGGCGCUGAUGGCGCCACAACAUGAUGUCUUACCCUACCGUCACCGUAUCGCAGGCUCCCCGGCGGCAGCAACCUGACCUUACUGACCGUCAUUUUCGUUGUCCUGGUCGCGGCCAUUGCACUGUCUUCAAAGAUAGCUUCGUCAACAGGAGCGUCCAAACGGGAGACCACCGAAGACGACGGAGAAACUCUGAACGAUCAGUAUUUCCACUUGAGAGUGCACAAGGACACUGGCGCGGCUCAGCCUGAUACCAUCCCCGAUGCUCCCGAGUCUACUGCCGAGGAAACGACGACAAGCUCUCCAAAAGCAGUGCCAACUAAACCGCAAACAGGAGCGGACGCGGCGAGCACUGCGGAAGCUGCAGAGAAAAAGCAAGGUGAAAUCUAUGCUUCGAAGACAACCAAUGGAAAAACGAGAACCGCGUCAGUCAUCGAAAACAGUCCAUCCGAGUCCCCGUUCAUGACGACGCUGAAGGAAGCGGGCCAUGCAAGGGGAACGACGACUGGGUCAAGGACUGGGAGCAGCGUUUUCACUACAGCCGCUCAGGACAAAGCGAGCAAAGUGACACCGGCAAAGGGUGUGCUCCUGUGCACAGCGGGCGACUUUGCCGUGGAAGAGGACAUGUUUCCUACGGAUGGACUAUGCGACCUACUCUUCUACACACACGUUAGGUUUCUGGGACAUGAAUUCCAAGGUCGGUACAACGCGAAAAGCUGGAAGAUCUUCAGGCGCUUGGCACCGGCCUCCCGAAAGACCGGCUUCGGCAUGUCGGUCAGCUACCGUGAGGCCGACGACGUGAGAAAAGCUCUGAGUUCCACCGGCAGACAAAAACUUCUGCAAUUAUACAAGGAAAAAAUACAACACCAUGGCAUCCUGAGAGCAACUUGUGACCCCAGAACGCUUAAAUCGGACUUAGCAGGCAAGCUAAAGCUAAUAACUGAGCUCAAGAAAUUUCAGGACGAAUUAAGCGCCUCGCCGACAACCGGCGUUGGCAAGUCCGAGCUAGCGCUGGGUAUCCGAUUUGCAAACUACCUGGACGAAGCUGAGGUGGCGCAUCACCCAUCAGCAAUGCUGGAGAUGACAAGGAAAAGCAUAUUUUCUCUGUAGCAAUUUGGUGAUAGUAAGCCAAGUCGCCGUUGUAGUUUUUUUUGAGAUCCUCCCAUAAAAAACAAACAAACAAACAGAUGGACGGAUGGGUGGACGUCCUUUCAUUCGUUCAGAUAAGA